AUGCAACAAUUGUGGAGCAAUUUUACUCUUGGUGAGGAGGAGAGUCUUGGAGUUCAUCUUCUAGAUCAGGGAGAGGGCGAACUUGGGGAGAAAGACAAUUUGUGUAUAUUUUGUAAAGUUUUGUCGUUCAAUAACAUGUUGGACAAGAUUAGAGUUCUUGAAGGUAUGCCAUGGUCUUUUGAUAAUCAUUUAGUUUUGUUGAAAGAUUUUGAUGGCUCAGUUCAGGCGUCCAAAGGAAAGAGAAUGUUCGUCAAGAUUGGAGUCUUCAAUCCUAGUAACGGAAGGACCAAUGCAGUUCAGGCUUGGCUGAGGGCUCCAGUGGGUAGAGGUUCGAAGAACAUAACAGGUCAAAAGGCCGGGCUGGAAAAACCACAGGGGGAGAAGACCGACGGUGUUUCUCCAGAGUGUGGACCAGAAUCUUUAGAGCAAUCUUACUAA